CGCCACGAUGCGCUGCUCACGCAGCAGUUCCCGGUCCGCCCCAGAUCCCAGGCCCAUGCCCUCGACCGCGUCAUGGCCAUCAAGCUGUUGGAGGAGCACCUCACCCCGCGCUGCGUCGAGUGCCUCGGCAGAGGCAAGGCCCCCGUCCCCGGCAAGACCCCCGACUCCUCCACCUCCUAGACGGACAGCAGCCCUGACAGGGACGACCCGGACCCGGUCGCGGCCGCCACCGAGGCCCUCGCCAAGGUCGACCUCUCCGACGACCCGGACACCACCGCCACCGCCAAGUCCGGCUCCAGCAAGCCCCGUCAGGCAGCCAGAGGCGGCGGCGGUGACGUGGGCAAGUCGCUCGACUACCUGUACCGCGCGUGCAGAUCGCUCGCCGUGAAGCACAUCGACAUCGCCGUCUCCGUCCUCUCCCUCUUCAUGGAGCCCAAGAAGCUCGCGCCAGCCUCGCCGAGUGACGCGUACGUGAGUCAUCUUGCUCUGUUAUGUUUCUAGCCAUGGAGGAUUUACUGCUAGUAGUGCGUAGUGGUUUGGAUGAGUGAUUUGGGUAGUCGUUUAGUUCAAUAGAGGUUCAGAUGAGAGAUGAGCACUGUGUUCUGUACUUCUGAUUGCAUUAUGUGGCACCGAAUUGUUGUUGCCUAGCUUAUCCAGUACGACUUGAAUGAAUUUUGGUGCGAAUUUGGUUGA